ACUAUGAUUUUCAACCUUAAAUGAGUACAAAAUAUCAUUUUUUUUUUCUGGUUAAGCUAGUACGGAGUACAAAAUUAUUUGAGUGUCCUCCUUAAAUACUUCAAUUCUGAACUAGCUUAGCCUUUCCUUAGCUUGAGGGAGAAGGAGAGAUACAGGAAAUGGCAGUCAAUAAACACAUAUUUUUCUCUAAUUUAGUCAUCCUCAUAUGCUUCUCCAUUUUCGCUCUAUCUGUCACCGCGGAUGAUUAUGACUGUGUAUACACAGUGUAUGUGAGAACAAGCAAGGCCAUCAGGGGAGGAACAGACGCGAUCAUCAGCUUAACAUUCUACGAUGAUACAGGCAACGGUAUACGAAUCAAAAACCUUGAGUCAUGGGGUGGGCUUAUGGGGCCGGAUCACGACUACUACGAGCGAGGCAACUUGGACAUCUUCUCAGGCCGCGGUCCAUGUCUAAGCAGGCCUGUUUGCUCCAUGGAGCUAGCGUCCGAUGGGUCCGUCGGACACCACGGUACAGCUAGGUGGUACUGUAACUACGUCGAGGUGACCACCACUGGGCCCCACAUCCAGUGUGCUCAGCAGUUGUUUACGGUCGAACAGUGGCUGUCAACUGAUAAAUCUCCUUACCAGCUAUUUGCUAUUAGGGAUAAUUGUGAGCACUCUGAUGGAGUUAAACGACGUCGUCCGAGCAAUACAAUUCUUCCUGUGGAAACCCUCCUCGCUGUUGCUUCCGAUCCUCUUGAAUUCGAACCUCUUAAACUUGAUUAAUCACUACAUUAAUCAAGUUUAAUGGGAAUAAAUUGAAGUUUGAUUAUGUUAAAUUUCUUAUUAUAUCUGUGGACAUUUGUAUGUGUAUGAUCACUUAAAUAAUUGGAGCUUCAAAGUAAUAAUGUUUGAUUUCAAUUGGCACUAUAUUGA